CUUAUAGAAGUAGCAGAAGAAAAAUUCACUAUUUGUCUGACUGACGGGCUGUAACGGCGUCUAUCUACCUCUAACUCUAUACUCAACUCGCCGGCGUGAGUGUUUGACUGCCAACGGAGCAAUGUCGUUUACAAAUAAGGCUUUGUUUGCUUCCUUGCCCAGGACACAACGGGGGCAGCCACUGGUUUUGGGUGGAGAUCCCAAAGGGAAAAAUUUCCUGUACACUCAUGGAAACAGUGUGAUUAUUCGAAACAUUGAAAACCCUGAGAUUGCUGAAACUUACACCGAACAUUCUUGCCAAGUGAAUGUUGCCAAGUAUUCCCCCAGUGGAUUUUACAUAGCGUCUGCUGAUCAAUCUGGCAAAGUCAGGAUUUGGGAUACUGUAAACAAGGAGCAUAUCUGCAAGAUUGAACUUCAGCCAUUUGCUGGACCAAUCAAGGAUUUAGCCUGGUCUCCUGAUAAUCAGCGAAUGGUUGUGGUUGGAGAGGGCAGGGAAUGUUUUGGUCAUGUUUUCUUGGUUGAUACCGGUACUUCCAAUGGCACGAUUGGUGGGCCUUCCAAGCCCAUCAACUCUUGCGACUUCCGACCUGCCAGGCCAUUUAAAAUUAUCGCCGGAAGUGAAGAUAACUCGGUUACUGUUUUCGAAGGUCCUCCAUUCAAGUGGAAGAUGACUAAAACUGAACACCAACGCUUCGUUCAAUCCGUUCGCUACUCUCCAAACGGCGAUCACUUUGCCACUGGUGGUUUUGAUGGCAAGAUCUUUGUUUACGAUGGAAAGACAUCAGACCUGAUCGGCGAAUUAGGUAGCCCAGCGCACAAUGGAGGAGUCUACGCUGUUUCUUGGAGCCCGGACAGCAAAACUUUGCUGUCCGCCUCUGGUGACAAGACAUGCAAGACUUGGGAUAUAGCUACCAUGAGCCUCAUUACCGAGUUCCCUAUGGGCACUGCUAUUGAAGAUCAACAGGUCUCUUGUUUAUGGCAGGGAAAACAUAUGUUGUCCGUUUCUUUGGCGGGGCACAUUUCUUACCUAGAUCCUGCCAACCCAAGCAAACCUCUUCGUGUUAUUAAGGGCCACAACAAACCGAUAACAGUCAUGACGGUGAACAAGAAUCGUGACACUGUGUUCACUGGCUCGCAUGAUGGUUACAUUACCAGCUGGGACGUGGCCACUGGAGAGAGUAAUCGAAUUGAAGGUGUUGGGCAUGGCAAUCAAAUGAACGGCAUGGUCACUCUGGGCGAAUCGAUUUUCACUUGCGGUAUCGACAACGCCAUCAAGGAGGUCAAUGUAAUGACUAAAUCCUUCACCAAUACCAACAUCAAGUUGGCGUCCCAGCCCCGAGGAUUAGCCGGGGAUGGCACUACUCUCAUCGUCCCGUGUGAGAAGGAGAUUGCAGUUAUUCAGGACGGUCGCCAAGUAUCGAGUGUGAGCGUUAACUUUGAACCAUCCUGUGCUUCCAUGAACGGUCACCAUCCGGAUGUUGCUGUUGGCGGAACUACUGACCACAAGCUCCAUGUGUACAUUUUGCACAGCGGCAACUUGACGCCACGAAUGGAACUGGACCACAGCGGCCCCAUCACGGAUUGCGCUUUUUCGCCCGACAACCAAUACCUGGCAGUUGCUGACGCCAACCGCCUUGUCACUCUUUAUGGAUUGCCUAGCUAUGAGGUGGCUAGCAAAGAAGUUUGGGGUUACCAUACUGCUAAAGUCAAUUGCGUCGCCUGGAGUCCUGACUCGACUCUACUAGCAUCCGGAAGCUUGGACACUUCCAUUAUCGUUUGGAGCGUGGAGAAGCCGAAUAAACGCCUCAUUAUCAAGAAUGCCCACCCACAGAGCCAGAUCACCGGUAUUGCUUGGUUGGACAACAACACAAUCGUUUCGGUUGGCCAGGACUGCAACAGUCGCUACUGGGACAUCCGCAAUUUCCCCUGAAACUGUUGAACCAACAACAAAAGAUUAAGGGGAAAUUCGACCAAGUCAUGAUCAUGGUUGAUUGCUAUUACAUUAUUAUUAAUUUACUACUACUAAAAAAAAAAAAUUUACUACAUCAGUACUACUAUUUACUUCCGUUUCCCAGUCUGUCUCUCUAUCCCACUGUCAGCAUACGUCAUUCGCUGGUCCAUAUUCUUCCUCCCCCUCUGAAUCAAGCAAGCACCAGAGUCUUAAAUAAUUAACAAAUAAGAGUGGCCUUAUUGUAUUAUUACUAUUAUUUUGCAAUGGUCUACCAGUGCUAUUUAGAAUCGUGAUCGCCUCUAAGCGUCUCGUCUAUUACCCGCCCUAUAAUAGCCACGAAACCACACCCUCACCCACCCACCCCACCCUCUUUUUUUGUUUUCAUUUGUUGUCUCUUUGAAGGGACAUAUAGUCUUCCUUAUUAUUUUGCCCAGUUGUUUUCUCGGUUGAUUGGACCGACAUGUUCAGGUUUCGUCUGUAUGUUGGCGAAAGAAAGAAAGAAAAAAAAGAAACAACAACAAACAAUAUUGGUUAUACGUAGCUCUUCCCCCCACCCUUCUUGUUUGGUUGUCUCUGCGUUAUUCCAUUUCUUUUUCACACACACAAUUAUUAUCACCAUUUUUCUUUUGUUUGUUUGUUUUUUUCAUUUGCGUGUUUUGCUGAUUCUUUAAUUGCCUGAGAAUUCAUAAAAAACUAAUGUAUCUGAA